AUGACUAACUACAUUUCCCACAAUACAUAAGCGCGGCUCUUGCGUAUUUCUUCCCGGACUUGCACGCAUGCGCAGUGCUUUUGACCUACACAGUCGCAGGAGAAAAUGGCAGCGCUUGGACUGGGGCUGCAGGUGCGUCAGUUUAGCACCUCUGUGAUCCGACCAGUAGCAAAACUUAUCAAGCCUCCUAUCCAGGUCUAUGGGGUCGAGGGACGCUAUGCUACUGCCCUGUUCUCUGCUGCCAGCAAGCAGAAGAACCUUGAUAAGGUUGAACAGGAACUUGGACGUGUGGCUAGCCUGAUUAAGGAUCCUAAGCUGUCAGGUAUUGUGAUGAACCCCCAUGUCAAGCGCAGUGUCAAACAGAAGACUUUCGUUGAUUUCUUGAUCAAGGCAAAACUCUCCCCCAUCACCAUUAACUUCAUCAAUGUCCUGGCAGAAAAUGGCCGCUUGACCUUGACCCCUGAUGUCAUCACAGCCUUUGGCAAAAUGAUGAGUGCCCACAGAGGAGAGGUCACAUGCUCAGUCACCACUGCUCAGCCUCUGGAUGAAGCUAAUCUUGCAGAGCUGAAGGUGGCACUGAAUGGUUUCCUCGCAAAGGGAGAAACUAUUAAGCUUGAGACCAAGUCUGAUCCCUCUAUUCUUGGGGGCAUGAUCGUGAGCAUUGGUGAUAAGUAUGUGGACAUGUCUACCAAGACAAAGAUCCAGAAGCUCACCAAGCUGAUCAGGGAGACCUAAGUCCUAUGGACUGUCCAGACCUACUCUAAUAAGAUUCAGGAGUUGAAGAAAGAGCGUCCUCUCUGCUAUUGUGUAGUUGAAUGAUCUUGUCCAGUUGUGUUCCAAAUAAAUAUUAUGUAACAUUUAA